GUGGGCUUUCUGACACACUUUUUUCUCGCGUGGGCUUGAGUGUGUGACCAUGCGGGUGCUGCUGCCUGACGGCGAGGAAAAAGGGAAUAACCCCUCUUUCGCUCCUGUUGCGACAGCAACACCCGGAAAUGACGACGACGCGGCGGGUUUAGGACCUUCGCCUCAACAACACCUCCCAGUCUCUCCUCGCGCUGACCUACCCCCCCAACCGCACCCAAGAGCUCCAUCAAGAGAGGCGACAGCAGACGUCCUUCGUCGCAGAACGAACGGGCUGGCUUCUCGCCCUCAGGAGCCGGCGGCGCUGGGGGCGCGAGUGGAUCGAGGAUAGAGCCCAGAGGUGGACUCUCGCAGGAGGCCGCCGCUGUUGCUGCUGAAAACGACAUCGAGAGCGCGUUCGAGGCUGAGCUUAAGGCAAAGGGUUGGCAAUUGCGAAGACAGGAAGGCGAUGGAAACUGUCUAUUCCGAGCUAUCAGUCAGCAGAUUUAUGGAGACCCAGGCAUGCAUGGCGAUAUCCGUCGCCAAUGCCUAGACUUCAUGCGCAAGGAGCGAGACCACUACUCCCAGUUUGUGUCGGAGGCAUUUGACAGCUACGUCAGCCGCAAGGAAAAAGACGGCGUGCACGGGAAUAACCCCGAGAUGCAGGCUGCCAGCGAGCUGUUCAAUCGCCCUAUCGAGGUCUACGUGCCGGAGAAAGGAACUGCUCCGAUCAAUAUCUUCCACGGAGGAUACCGUUCGGGCAAUGCUCCCAUCCGAGUCAGCUACCACGGAGGAAACCACUACAAUGCAAUCGUAGACCCUGAGGAAGCCAGCGUUGGACAGGGCCUGGGGAUUCCUGGCCUGUCCAAAGAAGCUGCGGAAAAGGAAUCUCUCAAGCGCGCGUUGGCAGAAUCCUGCUCGUCCGCUCACCACGUUUUUCCUGGCGCAUCGCCGACGUUCUUCAAAGGAGGGCGGGGAAUGCAUGGUUCAUUUGGGGAGGGCUUCGGGGAGUCUGACGUGAGAGCUACUGAAGAAGAACUGGAGCAGGCGGCCAUAACGGCUUCUCUCUCCGACUUUCGCGGCACAACCAGUGGCGGCGGGAGCAGCAACAACGGCAAGAGCGACGGUGCCGCCUUUUCCGUCCCUCGGCGGGGAGGCAGGGGUAGCGGUGGGAGAUUUAUUGGACGCGGAGCAGCCAGCAGGGUUUCGGGAGGUCGCGAAGAACGGAGGGGGGGGGGUGCCGCUGCAUGGGCGAGUGGUGCUGGGUCGCCGGCGGGUAGGGUGGAGCGUGGGGGGUGGAUGAGCAGUGGCGGAGGAGCAGCAGAAGGAGAAGGCAGCGGAAAGUCUCGAAAGCGCCGAAGGCCUGGAAGCCCGCCUGGCGAAGGUUCGCGAAAAGCAUCACCGAACUCAGCUGAUGGCUCUACAAGCAGCGCCGUGAGAGAGAUGGUAUGGUCCUACGGCUUCCCACUGGCAAGAGUUAUUGCAGCCCAUGACCUCGUGGGCGAGAGCGUUGAAGAUAUGCUCGUUUUGCUCACAUCGGAUGCUUUUCAGCCGCCAGAAAAUGGCGACCGGCGAUAG